UUUUGCUGUUAUGAGUGCGUUAAAAGGGUGAUUGUCAAAUUCUGUUAUUCAGUUUAACAGCUGUAACCCAAGCUUUGGCACUGGGUGGUUUUCACCUUACAGUCUAGCACAGAUCUAGCUUCCAGCAUUCAUGUAGCUAUGCGCGAAAUCAAACAAACAGACCAAAUCGUGUUCAAACGUAGAAGCAUCGCCCACGCUGUUCUGCCAUGUGCGAAGGAGCGGCAGUAACUGAAGUAUUUCAAUUCCAGAGUAGCACCACGAGUAGCAAGAAAUGGCUGUUCGAGGGGUAGGCCUACCAAGUGUUGGAUUGGGUAUACUUUUUCGCAGGAUUGUUAAUGUUUCGGAUCCUAUAUUAGAGAUACAGUUACCUGGCAUUGCCAGCCGAGGAUACUGUGCAAGUGAGGUCUCUAGCGUUAACAAUAUUAUUCACGGACAAACUGAUGUUUUCUAUCAAAGAGGUCUUCCGGUUGUCACAGUACCUCUUCCAUCACGACGAGAAAAAUGUCGAUUCUCACUGAGGCCAGUUAGCAGUACAGUAAAUGAUUUUAUAAAAGAUUUGAAAAAUGAGGAUCAUGGGAUUGACAGAAUUCACAUUCAAACAACAGAUGGGAUAAGGAUAGCAGCAUCUACGAAUAUAGAGACCCUGAUGCAGGAAGAUUUUCAUCUCAUAAUAAAUGACUUUGUUUACCAUGUCAGCCCUCCACCACUAGGAAAACUAACUGCUGAGCAAAUGAAAGAUCUGUCUGAUGUUAAACUUCAAGUUGCAAAACUUUAUGAAGUCUUGCAUGUGGAUGAACAUCAGAUUGAACAAGAAAGAAAGCUGAUUGGUGAACUAGAAGAACUGAAACAGAAACUGGAGCCUCUUGAAAAUAAAAAGGCUGAACUUGAAGCAGCAUCUUAUCGAAGAACAUCUGUGUUAACAUGGAUUGGACUAGGCCUCAUGGGAGCUCAGUUUGGUGUCUUGGCUCGGCUGACUUGGUGGGAAUAUUCAUGGGAUAUCAUGGAACCGGUUACUUAUUUCAUUACUUAUGGAACAUCCAUAGCUAUGUAUGCAUAUUUUGUAUUAUCAAAACAGGAAUACUACCUGCCUGAAGUGAAAGAUCGACAAUUUUUAUUAAAUUUUUAUAAAAAAGCUAAAAAAAGUGGUUUGGACAUGGAAAAGUAUAAUUCCUUACGUGAUAGCAUAUAUGAGAAAGAAGAGGACCUGAAGAGGCUAAGAGACCCACUACAGCUUCAUCUACCUAUCAGAGAAUCAACUUUGAAAUAUGGCAAAUUAUUGGGUAAAUAAGUUACGGGAGUUCAACAAUAAAGUUAUGUAGAAUACAAAUGAUUUUCAACUAGUAUGCAAAUAAAGUUAUUUUAGUAUUUUGAAAUAAAGAAUAGAAACAAGUUCAAACUAGUUUCUGUAAAGAGUUAGCUUCAGUCACUGUAGUAGGUAGUUUCCUGGAGAUGUAAAUGAGAACUUCACUAGGUUUCUUUGAGUAGAAAAUGGUUCAUUCUUUUUAAAUGUAGUGUCAUGAGUGGGUAAAUUAUUAAACUAUGAGAAUAGAUAACAUCUUUAUAAAGCGUGGAGAUUAUGGCGGAAUAAAAAAAUGUUUAAAAUAACAAAAAAGAAUGAUUUAAUGCAUAACUUUUCUGUUUUUUAUAGUCUUCAACUCUUUCUAAUAUCUUGCAUACAGACUGAAAAGUCUGAGGGCAUCCACUUUGACCUUUUCUAGAGAGUAGUGAGUGAUUACAAGGUUUUAGAAAUAAAAUUUCAAUAUUUUUCCUCAUUAAACUUUUCUAUUAUUUAACAAUAAAAUAAAUGUAAGUAACUGUUAACAUCUUAAACAUCAGAUAAUAAGGAAUCAAAUUUGAAAAUGGUUGUAGCCAGAAGCACUUUUAAUAAUACUUUCAAUUUUCUGAUUCGGAGAAACUCAAUUUUUGCAGGUUUCAAAAGAUUUACAUGCAUGGGAAAAUUUUGAAUUAUGCUCAAGAAUUUUAUUAAAAUUUAGUAUAAUCUUAAUACAUCUAUAAAUAAUUUUGGUUAUAAAACAGACCUAGACUUUAAAGAGCUAACUUUUCAUAUUAUAUAUUAGUACAAUAUCUUGUUGAUAUUCAUAU